CUGAUGCACUAUCACUGCACUCAGGCCCCUCGUGCCUCAACACCGCCUUUGCAACAUCACAGGAGCUGCCUGAAUUUUCCCGAUCAACCAUGCAGUGUGAAGAGACCAGGCUGAACAAAAAAUCCCUGCUGCUUGCGCUGAAGCGCUACAGCACUGCAGUCAAUAACAUGGAACAGACCAUCCUGCUGCCCAGCCUGCUGCGAGACGUCCAGUCUGAAGACGACGUGGACUGUGAGGCUGCAGAGAACAGCAAGGACCUGUACGAGUACUAUCACAUGCUGAAGGUGAUCAGGAACACGGUGGAGAGCGGACUGGUCCCCUCUGACGAUGGUCAAAGAAAGACUCGCGCAGCUCUGUAUAAAAGCCUGGAGCCGCUGCUGGAGGCUGACCCGGAGGCGUUCUUCUACUUUCACCUGAGAGGCCUGUUCUCAGUCAUGGCUACACUCACGAAGAAAUCACAGCAUCUUACAGAUAAAUACCUGGACAUUGUGGGCAUCGGAAAUUAGAUCACUGAACUGCAACAGUUCGGCAACCAUCUUUUGGCAACAUUAUCAAAGCUGGAACAUACCACACUGUAAAAGGAAAAUGAAAAUUUCACUAUAUCUUUUCUUGAACAUCUGUUUAGAGAGUAGUGUUGAGUGCAAUAAAAUCAUUGUUGUCUUCA